AUGGCUAAUGUAAAGCAGUCCAAGGAAGAAAUCAUGAACGAACUCAUGGGAACCGAUACUGAUAAGAACAUUGAGGAAGUGCGCAAUGGCGCUGAAAUCUCUAUCAUGCUUCCUCUCCCGCCCGAAGCAUCCUCUGAAAUUGAAAAGUUUGAAGUAAUCAUUAUCAACGGUAAAGCCACGCAGAUUCGCCUCGGCGAGCCUGUAGCUGUUUCGUGGCCUGUGUACGAAGCCCUCAAAAACGGGCGCUAUCACGAUACGAACAAUGAUAUUAUCGACCUGCCAGACUAUCAGCCCGCUAUUGAGGGGUAUAUCAACGAAGGAUAUGACAUUUUAGCGUAUGAAUAUGAUGGUCUGCAUCUGGACGAAGUAAGAAGCGGCGAAACUGUUGCGGCGUAUCCUACCAUGGAAGCAACGAACGAUGAACCGAAUAUUCCUGAAUGGAUGCAUUCUGCGAUUGCUGAUUAUGCCACGUACAUGAUGUACAGGAACGGAAACGCGAUCAAGCAGAACAGAGGCAUUCCGUACUAUCAGAAAUUCCUUGAAGUUAAAUCGAAAGCCGCAUUCGCAAACAGAAAUAAGAAGCGCAAGCUGAAAAAUCUGUAUGUGGAGGCGUUCUAUUGA